AUGGAAGCGGAGAAAGAGUACGACACCUACCCAGACGUUGACGAGUACGAGAAGCUGCUCCGCCGUAGCCCUCGCACGAUGCACCAAACAUCUUCCAAGUUGCUCCGCAUGACGGACGACAUGCGGCCGUUCACAAGGGACUUCAAGGACCUUUUCGCUACGCUCAURGUCAGCUUGCCGCUGACACCACAUCGAGUUYGAUUCUCUCGAAUAGACCACACCUUUACCAGCGAAGAAGCCGUGACCAAUCUUGGCUCUCUCAAAUUCUCUCAAUCAAAUCGCAUGCCUGAUCCAAAAGAUGUUUCCCGGAUUGUGACRACAACCACAACGACCACCUUUUCCAUGGCAAAGGAAAUGGCCCGUUCAGUAUGCAGUCGUUUUGUGGAAGCAAGGCUCGUUGAGUCUCUCGAUGGCAAAACCGACUUCACUUCAAAGGGCACUGUUUGGCAGCUCACGCCUAAGGGCAUGCACAUUUUGGCGCGAUUUUGUCAAAGAAAUGGUAUCCACCUGAGGCACGUCAACGAUCUUCUCGACUCGCCGCGGAAUACGAUGCAGCUUGUCAUCCUGGAGAGAGACCCCGAAACUGACAUGAUUGUCCACGAUCGAGCAACAGUGGAUGUCAUCUUCCGGCGCUUCGCUGGCCCGCAGGGCCCGAACGUCAAAUCGCCAACGACAUCCAAUGACACCGACUCACAGAACGACUUCUCAACGGGAGUCGCGGGCAUCAAAAUGCAAAGGAUCAGGCGUGGCGACAACAGAGAUGCACCCGUAUUUACUGGCAAGGCUGCUUUCGAUUGGCUCAUGGACUGUUGCACGACGGUCGACAAACGGGAGGCCUUCGAGAUUGCCAACUUGUUCAUCCAGCAUGCCUUUAUCGAACCGGCUGGUGAAGAUCGUCACAGCAGUCAGGUGGCAAACUCAGCACAUCGAUUCGUGGCAUCAAAACACGUCUUCUACGCCGUUACGCACAAAGGCCAGCGGACUGCUGGGUGGAGCGCCAUCUCCGAGGAACUGAUGAACGGCGAAUCGUCUGCAAGCCAUCGACCAGCGGCUGGUGUUGUACGAGACUCCAACACGAACCGUAUGGCGGUCAUUGUGCGUGAUCCAGCACUUCGACUUCUUUUCCGCGAAUACCUCCGCGAAACGCAUUGCGAGGAAAAUCUAGCCUUUUACCUCGAAGUGAGAUCUUUUCUUGCCGACUACGAACGGGCCAAGCGUGGGUCCACCACCCCACAACCCGAUGUGAUCAGGGAGACCCUCGCCUCAGCGUACAGCCUCUACAACGCCUUCCUUGCACCCGGCUCGCCAUGCGAGCUGAACAUCGACCAUAGCUUGCGGAAUUCCCUAGCCGGACGCAUGACUCGCUCGAUAGGGGAAGACGAGAAGAUGAUUGUGAGCUUGGACGAAGUGGCGACCUUGUUCGAUCAGGCACAAAAUAGCGUGUUCAAACUCAUGGCAAGCGACUCUGUGCCUAAAUUCUCGCGAGAGCCCAAGUAUGCUUCUGUUCUGAAGGAACGCAAUCUCGAGAGCAUGCUUGCCAACCAUGCAUCGACAACGCGUAGCUAG